GCAGCACUGGAGGACACUUACCAUCGUCUGUCUCUACCGUCAUGACCCGAGCAACGCGUUUCUUCGCACUCUCACUAAUUCUUGUCACGACAUACCUCCUGGCAUUUUUCUCCAUUGUUCCCGUGCCGUUCUUCGAGGAGUCGGUAACCGAGCAGAUCCUUCCAGUGCUGCCCUGGUGGUUAUUGGUUUCAUUCGGGUCAUAUUCAUUGUGGUCACUUGGCUGGGGACUAUGGACGUUCAGAGACUGUCCAGACGCGUACGAGGAGCUACUCAAGGAAAUCACCAUGGCCAAAGAUGACCUACGUUCUAAAGGCGUACCAGUCGAUUGAUGUCGUGGAUCGAAUCCGACUCCCUGUGGCGAUAUUUCGAUCAUCUUUAUCCGACAGCUGCAUGGGGCUGGAAGAGACCAGCAUACUCCGACAGAUGAGAGGAGUACGACUGAGCACUACCGAAAUAUCAACCAGUUGGCAGGCCAAGAGUUGCUCGCUAAUAUACCAGGUGUAAUGGGAGUUAGGAGAAUCACGUAGGAAAAGGGCAUGUAUGCUUACGAUUUGGUUAAUCGGAUCUCGCUCGUGCGGCGGUAGCGCCCUAAUGGUCUCCGGAGUCAUCGUAAUAAUACGCGUUAUCAUGGCCCUUUGUUGCUCAGGCAUCG